CCAACCCUCAAUUCACCUGACCACUUGCACAAGGGAAAAGAAAAGAACAUGGCGCAUAAAUCUCUCUCGCUUCUCUGCGUAUUCCUCGCGAUUUUGCUGGCUUCUGCCCUCAACGAAGCCUCCCCCGCCUUGAAAAGGGGAAAGAUCGUCGGCGGAUGGCAGCCGAUCGAAAACCCGAAAGACCCAGAGGUUGUUGCGAUCGCAAAUUUUGCGGUGACGGAGCACAACAAGGAGGCUAAAACGACCUUUGCUUUUGAAUCAGUGGUAAAGGGAGAAACGCAAGUGGUUGCCGGCACGAAUUACCGGCUGGAUAUCGCCGUCAAGGACGGCAGCGCCGCCGAUUCGAAGCAAUACCGGGCGCUUGUUUGGGACAAGCCAUGGCAGAAAUUCCGCAAGCUCUUGUCCUUCGAAGAAAUUAAAGGUUAAUGGAGAUUUUAGGGCAAUGGUGGUGGCUGCUGGUUAUAAAUUAAAUAUUCAGAUGUAUUUAUGCAUAUGAUGCUUUAUGGAAGUGUGGAGUUGAGUAUGUGAUGAUUCAUAAAUAAAUCUGGAGAAGUUUUCAUCUCUUGUAAUUUGGAAUUUACUUGAAUUAUCAAUUACAGUUGGUUUCCUUUUGUUUCU